AUGGCUGGUGGACCGGAGACAUGUCUGACCUUGAUUGGAGUCUGUCUUAUCUGUCUUAACAUGGUCACUUCUGCAAAAACAGCUCCUGAAAUACCCACCAUUGAUCAGGCAUAUUCAAAAAUCAGCAACAGUAUCACCGUAGAAUGGGCUACAGUGCCAGGCGCCACCAGUUACCUCCUCACAGCCGAAGAUGGAGACACGGUCAUUGAGACCAUGGUGGCCAAUUCCCCGGGCACCGUGACGGGCCUGAAGGCUGCGACCUUGUACCAAAUCACCAUCAGAUCUGUCAGCGCUGCCGGGAGAAGCCAGGCCUCACCUCCAAAGCAGGCAAAGACAGUAUUGGCUGCCCCAAUCCUAGAAGUCAGCUCUCCAAGUUCAGACUCGAUUCUGGUGCAGUGGGAGGCUGUGUACAUGGCAAUCGGGUUCUCCGUGUCCAUCAUGCGAGCCAAUGGUCUGGGCAGUGUGUGGAAGGAGAACACGACCGACACCUCCUGGACGUUUACUAGGCUGGAAGCUGGGACGCUGUACACCAUCAAGGCCUACGCAUGGAACGCCAAUGGCAUUCCAGGGGAUGACUCCACCUGCAACCAGAGAACAAGUCCACGCGCCCCUGCCAACAUUCACGUCUCUUUUGACAGUGGGGCCCUGAGGGCUGCUUUCUCAUGGGCACCCAUGGAAGGCGCUGCCAACUACACCGUGACAGCCUUGGGUGGCUCCUCCGAGCGAAGAUGCAGCACCACGUCUAGUUCCUGCACCAUCUCCUCCCUUCAGUGUGGAACUGAGUACCUGGUCUCAGUGCUAGCAAGGAACGAUGCUGGAUCCAGCAAGUCGUCUUCCGCAGUGACCUUGAAAACUGUUGCUUGUGCACCCAGAAGAGUGACAAUCCUAGAAGAGUCCCCUGGCCGCCUGUCUGUGGCUUGGUCCAGUGUGGAUCUGGGCGACUACUACGUGGCCUUCGUGAAAAGCGAUGACGGCUGGGAGGUGCACUGCAAUACAUCCCUCACCCAGUGCGAGUUCUUAUCUGAGUGCGGUUUCACCUACUUUAUCAGUGUGUUUGCCUACAACAGGGCCGGGCAGAGUCCUCUGGGCGACGUCUUCAAUUACACCACAGCUCCUUGUUGUCCUGGAGACAUCAACCCCGUGUUAGUGUCCAGUGACAGAGUGGAGAUCGUCUGGUCUCCCGUCCGUGGUGCUGAACUCUAUGAAACCAAGGCUGUGGAUGGCCGCAGCGUGGUUGAGUGCAACGACACAGCUCCCGCCUGCACCCUUUCGGCUCUAGAGUGCGACACCAAGUACAACAUCACGGUGUAUUCAUUCAGCGAAGUCCGGGGUGGCAAUACGUCAUGCGCCUCCCAACUCGUGACCACAGCUCCCUGCAGCCCUGAAAUAAAAAAUGUUUCAAAGGAUGCUUCCGCCAUGAUUCUUGUGCACUGGCGACCCACGAACAACGAUGCCACUUACACAGCGACUGCCCAGGGGGACAAAGGGCUGUAUCGGUGCAGCAGCACAGGAGAGUCCUGCUCCCUGGGGGCCUUACCCUGCGGGUCCAUGUUCUCUGUCACGGCCAUUGCCGAAACUGAAGCAGGACGGAGCCUGCCCAGCUACAGUAUGGCCCUGGAAACUGUGCCGUGCUGCCCAACCGGACUGACAGUAACUCAAAUAACCCAGUCAGUAGUCAACGUGAGUUGGACCGUUGGGACAGCGGCCCAAACCUAUGUGACAGUUCUGGAGUCACACACUGGACAGUCUAAGUGUCACACUCGUCAAAGUCACUGCCUCCUGGGAUGCAUCACGUGUGGCGUCGAUUACACAGUGACGUUAAAAGCAGUAAGUGCCACUGGGCUGACUGCGGACUGCGCCUACCAAAGUUAUUCCUCCAGUGCCUGCUGCCCCUUGGGGGUGAAAUUGUAUCGGCUGGGCCCUAACGGCAUCCGGGUCUACUGGCAGGCUCCCAGGGGCUCUGCCAAUUACAGCACUGACCUCUACGGCUCCAAAGGCAUUUUCACGUGCACUCCAAGUUCUGGCCUCAGUUUCUGUGAUGUCACCGAGAUACCCUGCGGGGACGUGUAUACCGUGAUGGUCUCACCUGUUGCUGAAACAGGACUGAAGCUUACUUUCUGUCCCAAAAAAAUAUAUUCAGUAACUUGCUCUGGAAGUACACUUGGAAUGGUGAUUUAUCGAGGGAAAAGAAACGCGGAAUGACACAGUGAGCCCUGGAUAUAAAGACACUUGACCAAAGUUGUCUCAACUGUUAGUGAUUAGAGAUGGAAAAUAUCUAUUAAGAUACAAGCUGUCCCUAGGAUAGGAAAAGCUCCUUUGGCUUUUAGAAGAACAACUCUGACUCUGCUUCUUGAGGGCAAGGU